AUGGCAACAAGAAGCGCUAUGAGGUUUGUGUCUCGAAGGUUCUCUAGUGGCAAAGUUCUUAGCGAAGAGGAAAAAGCUGCUGAGAAUGUUUUCAUCAAGGGUCCGGGAGAACAAGCAGCAGGUUCAGCCAAGGCUAGUGGUGGAGGAACAUCAUCAGCUGAAUCCACGGGACCAAAAGUGUCAGAAGACAAGGACAGAAACUAUGCGGUAGUGGCGGGUGUGGUGGCUGUCGUUGGUGCCAUUGGUUGGUACAUGAAAUCAGGCGGAAAGAAGCAGCAGCCAGAGGUUCAAGAGUGA